AUUCCUGCAGCAAACCGCAGCGGUCGCCGGAAGCUACUGGCUCGGUGUUCAGUGUUUGUUGUUUUUUCCCGAUGGAUUUUGUGGUGUAGUUGCAUGCUCGCUCGAUUGAUGCAGCUAAGCUCAUUCCGGAGUUCAGAGUGUGCUGUGGAGCUACGAGUCAGCAUUGUCGUCGGUGAUUAGGCUGUGGACUUGGACUUGUGGUGGAUCGUGUACGUAUAUGGUUUGAAAUUUGUGCCAUGGAGUAUGGUUUUUCAUUUCGGCCGGCCGUACGGAUUGGAACUCACAUAACCAGUCACAGUCAGCAUAAGCUUUUGAGUGGUGAUGAUAAAGGAUAAUUACUGAACAAAUUUGCUAUAGUUCUCCUUGAGGAAAUAGAAGUUGACAUCAUGUCACAUAGAAAUAUGGUCUGGACACAUCAGUCGGUUAAUCCUGGAUGGGAACAAGGACAUGUCCAAGUUCAAUCAGAAAGUUCCUAUUAUGGAGGCUCUGGAAUUGAUUCAUCCAACCUGGGUGUGCAAGUUGCUACCGGAGUUCCAGGAAAUACUGCUAAUGUUGGUAUCUGUGAUCUGCGGAAUCAUGAGCGCCAGCAUGUUCAUAAUUCAUACCCACAUGUUGGUGUUACAUCAAGUUUUGUCUUCCCAACUGCUAUGCACAACCCUGGAAUGGCAACAGCAGCUGUUAACAUAUAUAUUCCUCAGACUCAAAGCUUUGGACUGGGCAAUGUGCUACCACCAUCUUUAUAUCAUCAAGUUCCCACAGGAACUAUCGAUGAGAGCAGCAGUAGUGUCAAUUUUGGUGACACGGGUAGUGGAUUCAUCAAAAGGAAAAAUGCAGUUGUGGCUGGUAACCAUCAUUUUCUUCAUGGGUUUGCAGGUUCAAGUUCAUCUGCUCACGUGCCUCAGGAUCCUGCACGUGGGCCAUGGAAUGCUUCAUUUCAAUCAAAUUGUUUACCCAACUCUGCAGCUUCAAACCCACCAGAGUUCCACAGUAGCAAUGGUUGGCCAUUUUUAGAAGGACCUUCUGCAGAUGUUCCUAGCAGUUUCAGUUCAAUGCCUGCUCGACCAGAGUUGGUACCUCAUGGUAACUACGUGUUUCCAACUUGUCACAUGGGCCAGUGCAAUACAUGGAUUCCACAGGCUGCAAAUGGUGUUGCUCAUGGAGUACCACAGUGGGGAUAUAGUAAUUCAUUGGCCAAUCUACCAGGAACCACAGACAUGCCGAAUGGAAUUGUUCAGGGGCCUCUACCUCAUUUCUCCCAGAAUCCUUUGCAUAGUAUGCAAAUGCAAGUACCUCAAAUACAAGUAUCCCAUCAACAGUUCCUUGGUAACAAUGUGGUGCAUGGUUUAAAUCCUUCUGCCGCAGGCCUUCCUUUAGAUCCAAGAAUGCUGGCUCUCCCAUUCAAUUCUGAGAAUACUUUUGGGCAUCCGAUGCAUCCACCUCUUACAAACCAAGUUAACAGUGGGGUUUUAAGAAUUCUACCAUAUCAGAAUGCUACCAUGCUGGAUCGGUCAAGGAUUCAUGAAGCAGGACAUGUUAUUGAUGAACAUCGAGACAUGCGUCUGGAUGUGGAUAGCAUGACUUAUGAAGAGCUUGUAGCAUUGGAAGAGCAGAUAGGCGAUGUCAAUACUGGUUUGACAGAAAGUUACAUCCAAGAGAACUUGAGGUCAACUUUCUAUGUUCCAGGAGCAGCUGGAGUGUCUGAUCAGUUUUCUGAGCUCUCUUUGGAGAAUGAUGCUUGCAUAAUAUGCCAGGAAGAGUACGAAGCUGAAGAACUUAUAGGAACCCUUGAAUGCGGCCACAAGUGCCAUGCGGCGUGCAUAAAGCAAUGGUUGAUGAUGAAGAACCUCUGCCCCAUCUGCAAGACAACAGCGUUGUCAUCAGAUAGAAGGAAUGGAUGACUGUCGCCAAUAACAUCAGCGAGCAAAAUUUGCUCAACUUUGUAUAUAUAGACACGGUUGCCUGUAUUUACCGUCCCCCUCACUGGGGACAUAAACUGAGGUUUCCGAAAACUGUACAGACAUUUUGUAGGAUAUUCUUUAGGUGUUUAACGGCCCCAUGGAGUGUGAAGCUCCCAUGCUGGCCUUGCUAGAUGCUCCCUUCCUUUCUAUUGUACAUUGUAUUUAUCUACUCUUCUUCAAAAGAGAAGCACAAGAACCUUUAGUUCUGUACAUUCUGUAGUUGAAAGAAACCAAAAGUCUUCCUUGCUUGUGGAGCA